AUGGCCUCCCUGUUCUCUGGCCGCAUCCUGAUCUGCAACAAUAGCGACCAGGAUGAGCUGGACACGGAGGCCGAGGUCAGUCGCAGGCUGGAGAACCGGCUGGUGCUGCUGUUCUUUGGCGCCGGGGCUUGUCCUCAGUGCCAGGCCUUUGUGCCCAUCCUCAAGGACUUCUUUGUGCGGCUCACAGAUGAGUUCUAUGUACUGCGGGCGGCGCAGCUGGCCCUGGUGUACGUGUCCCAGGACUCCACGGAGGAGCAGCAGGACCUGUUCCUCAAGGACAUGCCAAAGAAGUGGCUUUUCCUGCCCUUUGAGGAUGAUCUGAGGAGGGACCUCGGGCGCCAGUUCUCAGUGGAGCGCCUGCCGGCGGUCGUGGUGCUCAAGCCGGACGGGGACGUGCUCACUCGCGACGGCGCCGACGAGAUCCAGCGCCUGGGCACCGCCUGCUUCGCCAACUGGCAAGAGGCGGCCGAGGUGCUGGACCGCAACUUCCAGCUGCCAGAGGACCUGGAGGACCAGGAGCCACGGAGCCUCACCGAGUGCCUGCGCCGCCACAAGUACCGCGUGGAAAAGGCGGCGCGAGGCGGGCGCGACCCCGGGGGAGGGGGUGGGGAGGAGGGCGGGGCCGGGGGGCUGUUCUGACUCCCUAGGGUGGAGGAGAGGAGUGGGGUUUGUUGAUGAACCUCCACCCCCACCCCACCCCCACACGCCUGUAAUCCCAGCACUUGGGGAGGCCAAGGCGGGAGGAUCGCUUGAGCCCAGGAGUUCGAGAUCAGCCUGGGCAACAGAGUGAGACCCUGACUCUACGAAAAUUAAAAAUUAGCCCUGU